CAGACUUUUGAGGGGUAAUUCUGUUACUGUUAAACUGAUCAGAAAAUUACAAAAACUGUUGCAUCAUUUCCCCAGCUAUGAUAUAUUACAUUAUCCACAUUCAUGCACCUGAUAUGUGAUUUUUUGCAGCCUACUUCAGUGAGGGUGAUGCUUGUCAGUUUUAAAGUAGUGCACUAUGGAAAUGCAGGGGCGCUGUAUGUAUUUCCAUUUGAUAGUCAAUUAAAAUACUUUUAUAAUAGGCCCCUACUUGACAAUAUAAAACAGUGGGUUGAUUUGAGUUCCAACAGUGAGCUCACUGCAUUGAUGCUUAUCUCGCGAGAACUCUUUUCCCUGCUUGAGUCGGCGAUGCAAUGCUGUUGCUGCUGAUGCUGUGAAUUUGAUUGACGCGAACAUGUCGCUGUGUUGGGGGAGCGCCGGGAUGCAGCGGAUGAUGGUCCAGAAGGGGAGUACGUGCACUCAAAUCAGACGUUAUCGUUAAAAAAUAUCACGUAGUGUAGUGUUUCUUCUGAAUCAUCAGUGACAGAGAUGUCUCAAUCUGUGUUGCACUUCACAAGCGCGCCCUGGAUCUAGCUGAUGCCACCGCAGAGAGGAUCUGAUUUUAUUUAUAUUUUUCCUUACUUCCUUCAGUAUCUGUGUAUUAUGGUAGAAGCUGGAACAUCAAACACAAACAGUGCAACCCUGAUGAAAACACCGUCAGGAUAUCCAAAAACCGACAACAAUGGAAUCGCCUUAUACGUAGAGUCUAUUUUCUCAUGAUCACUCACACCAUUAUCCUUAAAUGUAAUUGACGCUCACCUGUUUGUGCGUACUAUCACAGUGUUUUCUAAUCAGAUCAAAGGAAAAAAGUAGUCUGCACAUAGCAAAAGGACCACUGCUCACAAAUGAUGGACGAGGAGAAUAUGACCAAUAGCGACGAGCAUCAUUUGAGUUUGCAAAAAGCCUUGCAGCAGUGCGAACUGGUGCAAAACAUGAUUGACAUCAGCAUCUCCAGUUUGGAAGGUUUGAGGACCAAAUGUGCCACAUCCAACGACUUGACACAAAAAGAAAUCCGAACACUGGAGGGCAAACUGGUGAAGUAUUUUAGUCGGCAGCUCUCUUACAAGCGUAAAGUGCCCUUACAGGAGCGGAAUGUUGAGCUGGAUGGAUUCCCACGGCUGGGACACUGGUUCCGCAUAGUUAACAUGAAGAAAGAAGUUAUUGAGGAAAUUGCUCCAGGAGAUCUGACUCUUGAGGCUCUGUUGGAUAUGUCUGAUGAGCAGGUGUGCGAGUCGCUGCAGAAGUUUGGAGCGAGUGAUGAAGAGUGUGCUCGUCUUAAUGCCUCACUCACAUGUCUACGAUCAGCCCACAAAUCAGAACAACUUGAUGACGACAAAUUACACAGUAAUGGAGGAUCCAGUGGAAACCAACCCAAGCAGGACUGGUCCAUUCAGUGGCCCACUUCUGAGUCGGGUAAAGAAAACACCCCAGUGGGGCCAGCAGACCACAGUCAGUGGGUCCGUCUCCAGCUCGCCCAGAGCCCUAAAUUGCACUCCCGCUAUAGCCAGCACUUGUGCCAGAGCCCACAGGCACUGGCACCCCCUUUCUACUCCCCUCACCCACAGUUCCAGGCGGAUCGCCUAAAUGUGGACCCUCACUCUGGCCUAUUCCCCUCCCCUCUGGAUACGGGACAUCAUUCUCUCCCUCCAUCCCCAAGACAGAGACACUUUGCCCACACCCCUCCCCGGACUCCCUUAGUAGUGAACACCAUGACUCCUCCAGCAACGCCUCAGGUCAGGCGCAGGAAUAAACUUAAGGCCCCUGGAACUCCACCGCCGGCCAGCCGGAAGCUCAUCCACCUUCUGCCAGGGUUUACAGCUCUACACCGCAGCAAAUCUCAUGAGUUUCAGCUGGGAAACAGAAUAGAUGACGCACAGACACCCAAAGCAAAAAAGAAGAACAAGCCGUUGAACCUGAAGAUCCACAGCAGUGUGGCGGGCAGCUGCGAAAACCUGCCGACCCAGCGUUCACCUCUCCAUUCCGAUCACUCUCUCCGCUCCUUCUUCUUCCCCAAUUUUGUCCCUUCGACGCCACCCGUGCACUCGGACACCCCUUCAGCAAAUACUCUGUCCGUUCCUCGCUGGUCCCCUCAGAUACCUCGCAGAGACCUCGGCAACUCCAUAAAACACAGGUUUUCCACAAAGUACUGGAUGUCACAGACGUGCAUCGUGUGCGGAAAAGGAAUGCUAUUCGGCUUGAAAUGCAAAAACUGCAAGUUGAAGUGCCACAACAAAUGCACCAAAGAAGCACCGCCCUGUCAUUUACUUAUUUACCACAGAGGAGAUCAAGGGACAUCUCAAGCUCGUCAGCUUGUCAGGACCGAGUCGGUACCAUGUGACAUAAACAAUCCUCUCAGGUACUCCGACCUCCACAUUAGCCAGACUCUCCCCAAGACCAACAAAAUCAACAAGGACCACAUCCCUGUGCCGUAUCAGCCCGACUCGAGCAGUAACCCCUCCUCCACCACCUCCUCCACUCCGUCAUCUCCUGCUCCCCCUCUGCCACCCAGCGCGACGCCCCCGUCUCCUCUACACCCUUCCCCACAGAGCGCUAGGCAGCAGAAACAGUCCAGCCUUACAGCAUCUCAUUACUUCAAAUACAAGCAGCAGUUCAUCUUCCCCGAUGUGGCCCCUGAGGUCCCCAGCAGAGCCCCUCAAGUCAUUCUACAUCCUGUUUUAUCUGAGCCUGGUACCAAAGGGAGUCCCUUGCUACAAAUUGCAGUUGAGCCAAUGUCUGAUAACGAGGAAGGAAAUGAUGAAGCUGAGGGCUCUGCGGAUGAGUUCGAGGAGAUGAAUCUUUCCCUCCUGUCCGCGAGGAACUUCCCACGCAAGGCCAGCCAGACAAGCAUUUUCCUGCAAGAGUGGGACAUUCCCAUGGAGCAGCUGGAGAUCGGAGAACUAAUUGGGAAGGGCCGUUUCGGACAGGUCUAUCAUGGACGUUGGCACGGAGAGGUGGCUAUACGGCUCAUUGACAUUGAAAGAGACAAUGAAGAGCAGCUAAAAGCAUUCAAAAGAGAGGUGAUGGCAUACAGAAACACACGGCAUGAGAAUGUGGUCCUGUUCAUGGGUGCGUGUAUGAGACCUCCUCACCUGGCCAUCAUCACCAGUUUGUGUAAGGGCAGGACCCUGUACUCAGUGGUACGAGAUGCAAAAGUCGUUCUUGAUGUGAACAAGACCAGACAAAUCGCACAGGAGAUAGUAAAGGGCAUGGGAUACUUACAUGCCAAGGGGAUCCUUCACAAAGAUAUGAAGUCAAAGAAUGUGUUCUAUGACAAUGGGAAAGUGGUCAUCACCGACUUUGGCCUGUUCACAAUAUCUGGUGUUCUACAAGCAGGCAGUAGGAGAAAGGAUAAGUUGCGGAUCCCAAGUGGCUGGCUGUGUCAUCUUGCUCCUGAGCUCAUCCGUCAACUCUCCCCAGAGACUGCAGAAAACCAGCUUCCUUUCUCUAAACAGUCUGAUGUGUUUGCCUUUGGCACUAUCUGGUACGAGCUCCAUGCGCGUGAGUGGCCCUUUAAGAACCAGCCAGCUGAAGUCAUUAUUUGGCAGGUGGGGAGCGGAACGAAGCCCAACCUUACUCAGAUCGGAAUGGGAAAGGAGAUAUCCGACAUUCUGCUAUUCUGUUGGGCUUAUGAGCAGGAAGAGCGGCCCAGCUUCUCCAAGCUGGUGGAACUACUGGAGAAACUCCCCAAACGCAACCGUCGCCUGUCUCACCCAGUACACUUCUGGAAAUCAGCUGAGUAUGUCAAAUGAGCUAAGAUCAAAACAGCUGUUUAUAAAACAAAAAAAUGAAAUAAAACGUGAAACAAUCGUGAAGUAACGUUAACAUUAAAAUGAAGACUGGAUUGUGCAUGUAUUCUGCUGUAUUUAGCAAUGUUUCCUAAACGCAAUGAUCAUUUCGCAUACUCAGAGCACACAACGGUAUUUUCUGCUGUAUCAUUUUAGCAUAAAAGGGAGAUGUUUUCUUUGUCUUCUUCUUUUUUUUUUUUUUUUUUGCUUAAUCUGUUUGAUCUGUUUUGCAUAUAUCAAAUGCUUGUGAUUAUUUCUCAUUAUUAUAUUUCGGUGAAUUAUGUUCUUUCGUUCAACCACAUAGUUCUGAAUCGACAAUGCAUUUCUAUAAAAAACUGUAUCUAGUUUUAUUGUAAGUGAGUUUCUGUCUGUAUUGGUUUUUAUUUUAUUCAUUGGAUGAAUGUAUUUAUUUUACAAUUUGACAAAUGUACCCUUCAGAAUUCUUUUAAACUUGUUUAUUGUCAUUCAUUCACUGUGUAUCAGUGUUUCACUGAAUUCCAUCAAGCCAUUCAGUGUGCGUUAUUUCUUUUUACAUGUGGAUAUUCCAAUCACAAAGCUUAAAUGUCACGGAGGGAUGAAGAAUUUCCCUCCCUUCCUGUCGCGUUGUAGAUAAGGUAGUGCAUACAGCUGUCACUCAUUUUCUUGUGCAGUUCGCAUUGCCUAUAUAGAAAGAUGCGUUCGCACAAUGGCGCCGUAAUUAAACGUGCCAACGGCUUUGUCGCCGGAAGGCACCAACGUAUGUAUAUUAUCGACACUUGAAUUGUAUCAUGCCUAACUGUGACAAAACAGAAUUACCUGGGGUAAACUGCUAUUCCUGAGCCUACGAAAACGAAAAGGGAUAGAUAUAGCCACCUGUAUCUAUCACACUUAUGAACCUUUUUAUUAUCAGUGCAUAUUUACGAAUGUUUUUGCAUAAUUUAAAGCUUUGCGUUGUUUGUACUAGGCUACACAUUCUUGUAUUGUAGAUGAUACGUAAUAGUGCACUUUUCAUCGUAAUGACAUUUGUAUAUUAUUACACAUCACAUCUCAUUAAAAUGACUGUUGCAUGUUGCAAGUUAUGGAGUGUCCAUGUUGUAACACUGAACGCUGAUCUCGUAGAAUUAAGCGUGAAGGUUCGAAUUCGAUCUCUUAAGUUGGUGUUGCUAGCUCUGUAUGGCUUAAAAAGAAUCUCUAAAACGCUUUUCGCCGUCUCAGCACCGUGCACUCUGGGUACAGACAAUCUACUCACAUGUAAAGCCAUGGUUUAUGGGUCAUAAACAAUGCCAGUGUCAAAAAAAUGUUCGCAAACUUGUUGCUGCUGUUAUUUUCGAAGUGCUCGAAGUAUAUUUUAGGAUCACAAAAAUACAGAUAUUGUCAAGUGGGCAUUUAUAUUUGUACGGUCGAACGUUUUUACAUGCAUGAGAAAAAUUUUUAGGGGAUCUGUUAAUGUUAAGACCCCCAGAAUGGUAUCAUACAUAGUAGUUUUACUAAACUAUGAUGAAAUACAAAAAAUGAAUAAAGUAAUACAAAAUUAUAUUAAAGUCUAUAUCAGCCCUAGUAAGGCACAAUUUUAAACCUAUAAAUAAAUGACUGUGCUAUAAUGUUAAUAAUUAUUUUAAAACUGGGUCUGAAAGUGUGUGAACAGUGUUUUCAUGGAAAUAUAAGUUAGAAGAAGAUCAGAUCUUGUUAACAACCAUUAUUAGCAGCUUCCAUAUCAGCCCAAUUUAACAGGCUGUAGACUUUGCUUAAUAAUCUGUCGCUGUAAUUAUUAUUCCAAUCAUUGAAUCCGACCUCACUGCCAUCUACUAUAUUUCUGCCCCAUUAUGAAUGUAUUGUACAAAUUGUGUUCUGUGUGUGUGUAUGUGUGUUUUUUUUUUCUUAUUUUUCAUUGAUUAUUUAUGAACACUUUUUCAUCGCUCUGGUUUACAUUUGUUUUCUGAUAUUGUGUGCGCGUUUUUUUAUUUGAUGGCCUCCAUAAUUACGUUUUUUUUAUUUUUUUAUAUAUAUGUAUUUGUUGUAAGUAUAUAUAAAAGCUUGUAUUUACUGAUGCCUUAUGGUCCAUGGCUUAGCAACUGGUACUCAUCACAAGCUCUUUCUUUGCACUCAUCGUUUAUGAAAAUAUAUGAAAAUAAAAAGGUGUUGAUUUUGGACAUUUGUUUUUCUGUUCAUCAUUUCUUUUACUCCUUGUCAUAAUUCAUGUUUUAUGUUGUCAGAAAUGAUAUAGUACAUUAUGUAAAAUCUUUAAGCCUGAAUGUUGUAUGAUAAAUCCUUAAAUGGUUCAAAUAUAUAAUUAGUUAAUUUUAAUUUACUGAUAUUUUACUGAGUUGGUUCGUAAACAGAAUGAAAGCUUCAGCUAACAUAUUUCAUAUAAACUAAGAUAACAGUUUUUUGCAGCAUGAAAAUGAAGAAAAAAGUGGCUAAAAUAAAUCAUAAAUCCUGACACUACCUUUUACUAAAUGUAAUAUGUUCACAAUUAACAAAUUGUUAUUUUGAAACAUAAAUCACAAGCACAGAUUAGAAAUAAACAGACAUGAUUACUUCAAA